AUGGUCCAACACCCCAAACCGAAAUUAAAACCGAACAGGACAGACCCAGUGACUAAUCAUCAGCAGAAAGAGGAACACUUCGCCACGGAGGGAUACGAAAGCAAUGGUUCGGAUGAUGAUAACGCUGAAUGGGAGGACGAAGAGAUCCACACCUCACAGUACCAGAAAACUCCACUUGUAGCAUCAAAGAGCCCACGAACAGGUGGCGCCGUGAAGACGAGCCUCCGUAAACGCAAGAAAGCAAUCCAAACUAUCCGUUCUAACAAAGAAACAAACCUCCCAUCUACCUCACCGUCACCCAAAUCUGAACUCGAUCAACAAGAUGCUAAAGAAGAAAACACGUUCAUUUCUUACAAAGAUAUGCAAAAUGCAGCAAAAGUGGGCCUUUUCUCCACAGGAAAAUACCUAUAUGAGAUCUCCGCAACUGUGUUUCGCCUCCUCCGCCCUCUAUUUUCACUCCUUGUAGUCCUUCUGGUACUCUCUUUCAUCAUCGGACGUAUCUCGAGCACUCUUUAUUCCACGUUCUAUCCGAUCUGCUAUAUCCCAGGCAUCUCAAGUAGUCCUAUCUGCCGUCCUUUGGAACCCGUUAUCCCGACAGCCAAAAAGCAAGCUAAAUGGCCAGACUUUCCGAAACUGGUCGAGGUUCAGAGUAAAACAUUUGAACAGUUGCUAAGUGAGUCUAUUGGAGGACCGGCGCUCUCGAUGGAACUGCAGAGUGCACAAAUGGCUACGAAGGACUUGGCGGUCUUGGUGAAGCAUAGCUCAUUGUCAAGCAAGGACAAACUUGUGGGGAUCUUGAAAGAUAUAGCUAGUGACGCCAAAGUCGCAGCAGACCAAUUGGGAAGGUUGACUGCGAAAGUUGGGGGGUCUGUCGAUAACAUUAUGGCGGCAAAUGAUUGGGCUUUAUCGCGAAUUGAGGAGGCUAGAGCAAACGAGCCGUCUCCAUGGUCUCUUCGUGGGACAGUUCCUUGGAUGAAGCCAAAAUACACUCUCCAUGAGGUGAUCACAACAACCUUCGACGAUGCCAUGGACGUAAUGUCUCGCCAAAUGGAACGACUGAUCACUGAAGCCGGGAGUAACCUCCAAAAUCUAAACGUCCUCGAAGAACGCUUGACAACUUUUUAUGAUGUCUAUCACCGCGAGAACAUUGAACAAUCGGCUGCUAAAGAGGAGGUCCUUGCCGAGCUCUGGACAAUUUUAGGAGGAAAUCGAGACAGAAUACGAAAUUUCAAUGAUAAUCUGGAGUUGUUGAAAGGUUUGGCGACGUACAAAAAGGAGGCCAUGGCGCAUGUUGUCGCGACUUUGAUGGCAUUGCGUGAUAUGAGGGAUGAGAUGGAAGAUAUGAGAGAGCGAGUCGCCGCUCCGCAUCUACUUGGAGAAAACGUCCCAGUAGAAGUCCACAUAAAGAGUAUUAAAUUAGGGCUCGAAAGGCUGAAAGUGGGAAGAAUUGAAGCGAGGGAACAGGAGAAAAUGAAAUCCCACGAAGUGGCUUCGAAACGCGGUUUGUAG